GAUUCCAUGGAUGUUACCAGUGAAAGUAACUCAGAGCUAGCUUUGUCUCUGGAGAAAAAGCUGUCUGAGUGGGCAAUAGAAUUCAACAUCUCCAUGACCUCUCUCACUCAUUUGCUUAAGAUUUUGAAGGAACAUGACAUUGAUGUUCCAGCAGACGGACGAACACUAUUGAAAACACCUCGUUCUGGCAGUUUGAGAAUAACAGAAAAAUCAGGUGGCAAAUACACAUAUUUUGGAUUAAAGGAAGGUCUUUCGCAUACUCUGUCUGAGCAAGAGACUUCAAAAUACGACCACUUUGAGAUUUCUUUGAAUAUUGAUGGCCUACCCAUUUUCAAGUCCAAAAACCUCACAAUGUGGCCACUUCAGUGUGCUGUCAUCAACAUUGAUGAAGUGAAAAACAGUCCUUUUGUUGUUGCUCUGUUUUCUGGAGCAAAGAAACCAAAUGAUUUGGAGUUUUUGAGGGAUUUUAUGGAGGAGCUGCAAGAACUGAUGGAAACAGGCUUUAAAGGGAAGAGAAUUGUCCUCAAAAACAUCAUAUGUGAUGCACCAGCACGAGCCCUCAUCAAAGGAAUAGUUCAGUUUAAUGGCCGCUAUGGCUGUGACUUUUGUGAUGUAAAGGGAGUUCAUGAGAGCAAAAUGCUUUUUUUGUAUAAAGGAAAUCUCAGAACCAAUGAGUCAUUUAGACAGAAGACAAAUCCUGAACAUCACAAAACAGAUAGCAUUCUCUUGAAUCUGGACAUUGAUAUGAUCAGGCAGUUCCCAAUAGAUCCCAUGCAUUGUGUAGAUCUAGGAGUGACUAAGCGAAUGUUGAUGCUGUGGAAAGAAGGACCUUUGUCCCAUAGAUUAUCAGGGUAUGCUGAUGAUGUCCAGGUGUCCUCCAGAGACGAGAAUAUCAUUCAAAACAUCCUGUCCAGAACAGAUGAAUUCCUACAGUGGUCUAAGCUGGAGGUGAAACACACCAAAUGUGCAGCAUUCUACGAGCGGCGAAGCGGUGGAAACCGCUGGUACAAAUCUAAAAUCUGA